AUGUCGACUACUACGGCCCAUAUGGCCCUUCUCAUGCAACUUACCUGUCUGGCGGCCUCUCCGGUUGGCCACACCACAACCAAGUCUAUUACUCGCCGUUCAGUGGGAGAUAUGACCUUCUACAACCCAGGGUUGGGGGCAUGCGGGUCUACGGACCAGGAUGGCGAUCUUGUUGUAGCCGUGGAUCGUGUUACCUAUGAUAAGGAGAAGGCGUGUGGACGAAGCCUUCGCGUCAAAUAUGAAGGAAAGGAGGUUACUGUCAAGGUUGUCGACAAGUGUAUGGGCUGCAAGGUUGGGGACUUGGAUCUCUCGCCUGCGGCAUUCAAACAGGUCAUCGGCGAUUUAGGCAAGGGUCGGGUCAAGGCGGAAUGGGCUUGGGUUUAG